GACGUACUUCGACACGCCCAGGCUUCGUCUCCAUACGACAUCACGUCGUUUUACGUAAGGCAGCCGCUCCGGUUUCCUGGCGGAGAAGAUGGCGGCUCCUGGACCGGGGGAGUAUUUCAGCGUCGGGAGCCAUGUCUCUUGCCUCACCUGCUUGGGCCAACGUCUACAAGGAGAGGUGGUCGCGUUUGACUACCAGUCCAAGAUGUUAACUUUGAAAUGUGCUUCCUCCAGCGGUAAGCCAAACCUCAACGACGUCAUCCUGAUCAACUUAGCCUAUGUUUCUGAUGUGGACAUAAUUAAUGACCGCACUGAGACUCCACCCCCACUAGCAUCACUGAAUGUUAGCAAGCUUGCCAAUCGAGCACGGACAGAAAAGGAGGACAAGCUGUCCCAAGCCUAUGCAAUCAGUGCUGGGGUUUCUGUGGAGGGCCAACAGCUAUUCCAGACUAUUCACAAAACCAUCAAAGACUGUAAAUGGCAGGAGAAGAACAUUAUUGUGAUGGACGACGUUGUAAUCUCGCCACCUUACCAGGUUGAGAACUGCAAAGGCAAAGAGGGAAGCGCUUUAAGUCAUGUACGCAAAAUAUUUGCAGAUUAUUUUCUUUCGCUUGAUUAAUCCUCUAUGAAAUGCCCAUCACAAUUUCUCAGAGCCCAAAGUUGAGAAACAUUUUAGAGACGUGGAAAGUCAGAAGUCCAUGCAACGUUCACAAGCACAGCAAACACAGAAGGACUCCACUUUAUCUUCUUGAGUUGGCAGUGUGGGUCAGCCAGGGAUGGCGUCGCGGGUGGGUUUGUUCCCACUGCCAGACGAAGUCGGCAUUCCUUGUCCUCAGUCUGAGACCACAAGGAGGAGCGCUGAGGACCCUGGAUCCAGAAGAUCAAAAUACCAUUAAAUGAAAAAGACAAAAAAGAGAGAGGAAAGAUUAAAUCUUAAAUUAGACUUUAUAAAGAAUAAUUUAAACAUGAACCAUAAAGCAACCAUAGUUUCCUUAACUAACUUGUCUCAUUCUGCCCCUAAUCCUCCUCCUCCCUCCCUAACCCAGAAUCCUUUUCUUUUUCUGCCCUCCUUCCUUUGCCUUCAUUUCCAUUUCAAAAAGAAAACUAGAGCAGUCAGAAAGGCUUGUUAGCUUUAUUUUCUGUCAUUGUUUCCUUUUUUGCUGUAUCCAUGUUCUACUGUCUGUAUUUUCUGUAUUUUAAACAAAAUGUGACUUGAAAUGCCACACUUUAAAGGACAUUUUCUAAAAUAAAAGUAACGAAAAUUCUGACUGUAA